UAAUAAUAAAGUUAUUGAACACUAAAGUGAAUGUAUUUUAAGAUUAUAUAAACACAUUGUUUGUGCAGAGUUUGCAUCAAAAAGUGUAUUCAAGUUGUGAGCAAUGAAUCGCUUGUUUUGCAUUCAAACUUCAAAACACAUAACACUUUGUGAUAGCCCUAAGCCAGACACCACUUCCCACUCAUAACUGCCGAUUCAAAUGCACUGAAAAACAAAUCAUUUUGCCGUAUGUGUUGAGCACUGUAUGACUAACUCAUCACUGGCUUUCAAUACUGUACUGUAUAUACCAGUGCUUCAUAAUAUCAUGGAGUUUAUGGAAAGAGAGAGAGAGAGAGAACACGACAACUACUUGUGUGAAGAGCGCACCGUUACCUCCCAUCCCAUUGCAAACAUAACUUAAUUAUAUUAACUUAUAUGGCAUUCAAUUGACUCGAUUGGGCUUUGAAUACAUUAAUCAAAUGAAUUAAUGAUAAAUCUAUUACUAAAUGAUGAAUAAUAUUAUUUAAUUAAGUGUUAGUAUUGAAACACUAUUGACUACUGUAUUGACUUAUAAGUGGACACUACUAUCACAUGACAUAACAACAACACUAAUACAAUAAUAUAUAUGAAAUGAUGAUAUAUUUGGCUAUUAUAUGAUAUAAAUGUAAUUUCAAUGCAUUAUCUAUUAAACCAUAACUAAACCAAAAUGAGAAGCAAUACAUUGAUUGCAUUGUUUAGUAAUUAACAACUCUAUAGACUAUACUAUAGAUUGUUAGUCAUUCACUCAAUGUGUUGUCAAUGUUGUUAAUGACAAUACGGUCCCCAAUGUGUAUGCCAUUAGUUUGCAAACAAUCGCACGCUUUGCUCGUAUUGUAAACAUUGGACACAAACAUAACUGCGACCAUCACUUGAUCAUCACUUUGGCACCAAUUGAUGACAAUGUUGGCCGAUAUGGACCUCGAAAAGGAAAUUAACAGAGAUUCUGAUGAAAGUGAUGCAAACAAUGACAAGAAACCACUUGUUUUGACCAAUGCUUUCGACCAAAUGAGUCAUUUCGAGGCCAUCGAAGGUAAAGAAGAUACCGACUCUCAAUGUCCACAAUCAUGGCGUAUGAAAGACAGGAUGAAAACUGUAAGCGUUGCUCUUGUGUUAUGUCUUAACGUUGGAGUGGAUCCGCCGGACAUAAUAAAGCCAAAUCCAUGUUCAGUAUUGCAGAGUUGGAUCGACCCGUUUUCAUUGGCACCACAAAAAGCAUUAGAAGCCAUUGGAAACAAUCUUAUGAAGCAAUAUGAGAGAUGGCAACCGAGGGCCAGAUAUAAACAAAGUUUAGAUCCCACUGUUGAUGACGUAAAGAAGUUAUGUACUUCUUUGAGACGUAAUGCUAAAGACGAGAGGGUUUUGUUUCAUUACAACGGACACGGAGUACCCAAACCUACAGUCAAUGGAGAGAUUUGGGUAUUCAAUCGCUCUUAUACUCAGUACAUACCUCUAUCAGUCUAUGAUCUUCAACAAUGGAUGGGUUCGCCGUCCAUCUAUGUCUUUGAGUGUUCCAAUGCCGGAAUUAUAGUCGACUCGUUUAGUCAAUUUGCAAUACAACACGAAAAAGAAUAUGAAUUAAAUUUAAAUACCAAUACAUCAACAAAUGGAUCGCCAUUUCAUCAUCAAAUGGCACCAAACUAUAAGAACUGUAUUUUGUUGGCCGCCUGUGCUAAGAAUGAGUUGUUGCCAAUGCAUCCCGACUUACCGGCCGAUCUGUUCACUUCAUGUUUAACUACACCAAUAAAGAUAGCGCUUCGUUGGUUUGUUAAACAGAGGGCCGGCAAACUUGUUCCGGCCGUUAAUUAUGAAUUGUUAGACAAAAUUCCCGGUCUUUUAACUGAUAGACGAACAAUGUUAGGGGAACUCAAUUGGAUUUUCACUGCUAUAACAGAUACUAUUGCGUGGAAUACUUUGCCUCGCGAUUUGUUUCAACGUCUCUUCAGACAAGACCUAUUGGUUGCCAGUCUUUUCAGAAACUUUUUAUUAGCUGAAAGAAUAAUGCGUACCUAUGAUUGCACUCCCAUCUCAUUCCCAGCACUUCCACCUGCAUAUCAUCAUUCAAUGUGGAAUGCAUGGGAUCUGGCAGUUGACUUAUGUCUAUCACAAUUGAUUCCUAUUGUCAAUGAAGAAGCUCAAUAUAGACACAGCCAAUUCUUUUCAGAACAAUUAACGGCUUUUGAAGUUUGGCUUAAAUUAGGUGCCCGUCCAGACAGACAUCCCGAACAGUUACCAAUUGUACUUCAAGUCCUAUUAAGCCAAGUACACAGAUCCCGAGCUUUAGACCUAUUGGGUCGGUUUCUAGACCUGGGACCCUGGGCUGUUCAUCUGGCUCUAUCUGUCGGAAUCUUUCCAUAUGUACUCAAAUUAUUACAAAGUUCUGCUCGAGAAUUAAGACCUCUAUUAGUGUUCAUUUGGGCUAAAGUUUUAGCUGUAGAUCAGUCAUGUCAGGCCGAUCUAGUCCGAGACAAUGGUCAUCGAUAUUUUCUAAGUGUACUCUCAGAUCAGCACAUGCCUGAAGAGUAUCGAACUAUGGCUGCAUUUGUAAUGGCAUGUAUUGUAAAGAACCAUCCAGCAGGACAGGAGGCGGCAUUACAGGGAAAUACACCUAAUGGUAAUUUAAUUGAUCACUGUUUGGAACAGUUACAGAUGCCUUGUGGAGAUCCUUCCUCAAAUAGUUCAUCGCCAUUGUUACGUCAGUGGUUAGCUCUGUGUUUGGGCUUUAUUUGGGAAAAUUUUGAAAAAGCCCGUUGGAGUGCCACUCGUAAUACAGCUCACGAUAAAUUAUUUAUGCUUUUGGAAGAUCCCGUACCUCAAGUUAGAGCUGCAGCUGUCUAUGCUUUGGGAACAUUCAUUAAUAGCGCCACUGAAAGGACAGACCACGCGAACGCAUUGGACCACAAUAUAGCCAUUACUUUAAUAAAUAAGUGCUUAAAUGAUAGCUCACCACUCGUUCGCAAAGAACUUUUAGUAGCACUUCAUUGGUUAGUCUUAAUCUUUGAAAACUGUUUUCUCGCAAUUAUGUAUCAAAAGAUAGAUGAGGAAAGAUUAGCUCAUAACACACAAAUGUCAGCAUCAGCUAUAGAAAACUCACUUACUGUGGGAACGCCACCACAAGGACUACGUAAAGUGCCAUCGCGUGACCGCUUGUCGACCUUUACUAAGUUCUUAAGCGUACCGAUUACUAUAACACCUAAUUCCCACCAAUUUGGUUACAUUCCGGGAGAAACUGCAUUAACACCUCCGACUACUUCCAAUACAUCUACCAUUCCCAUGAAAAGAGUCAAUUCAUCCAAUUCAUUGCACAGUUACCAAACAAAUUCUAGUGUUAUCUGUCAAAACCCAGCCAUACCUAAUGUUUUUGUGGUUAUCUGGAAGGCCAUAACCUUCUAUGCAAAUGAUCCUUAUCCUGAAGUGGCAGCGAUGGCUACUAUAAUAAUCGAUGAAAUGAAAUCACGUAUUUUUGCCCAAAACACGGUUUAUGAUUCAUUAAAAGAGUCUAAUUCUAUGCACUCUUUAUCGGAACCUAAUUCACCAAACAAUACACAGCAAUAUAUGAGUGAAUCUCCGACAUCUAAUACGGGACAUUCAUCUAGAAAUACAACUCCAGUGCGUGAAAGUCUGGCAUCUAAUCGAUUUAUGCCAUCUCUUAACUAUAAAAACAUAUUUUCAGCUAAACGUCAUAUUUUUGGUCGUGAACCCAGUGUUUCAGAUAAGAGUCAGGACGGAAACACUGAAGAUAUGGCUAACUAUCAACGCGAACCUCUUAUUAGUACACCAUUUGUCGAUUGGUGUAUCAAACACUUUAGUCAGCCGUCAAAUUUGAAUUACUCUCAAGAUUUAGACACUGAAAGUAACUCACACUAUGAAAAGGUAUGGAAGUGUUCGCGAAACAAGAAUAUAGAAGAAAAAUCAAAACGGGAACUGCUUUUAGUUGAUUCUUCACAUAUUGACGAACAGAUAUUCCAUCAGCGAAAUGUCAACAGUGCUCAACAUUUAGCUUUUCAUCCCUACGAUAACAGACUUAUUAUCGGUGAAAGAGAUUCAUUCAGUGUCUGGAGUUAUGAUUCACAACCUCAACAAUCUUAUUAUAGUUAUAAUAAUUUUAAUCCAGUUUUGUUGGGCACUCACUCUAACAUCAACCCAUUGCCAUCCAGAAUAACAGGCCUUAAGUUAAUCAAUACUCAUGACUUAACACAACUCAUGACUAGUUGUGAUGACGGAUCGAUUCGGGUUUGGAAAGACUUUACAUUAAAUGAUAAAUCAGAGAAAAUCAAAUUAGUCACUGCUUUCUAUAUAUUCAAUGAUAUGCAACCAAACAAUAAAAAUGGUGUCAUUUUUGAGUGGAAUCAAUGGCAACACAAACUGAUUGCAUCGGGAGAGCCACGAGUCAUACGGCUUUGGGAUGCAGACAAAGAAAUGAAAAUUCGUGAUAUGAAUACUGGAGCCGACAAAGAUGUCACUUCAUUAUCAACUGAUAAUUCGCAUUACAUAUGUGUCGGAUAUAAUGACGGCAGUGUUCGUGUCUUUGAUGAUAGGCUUAUGCCACACGAUAGUCGGGUCCAUACAUUUUAUGAUAAUAAGGGAUAUAUAGUCAACGCUCAUAUAUAUCCAUAUGAAGACGGAUUCCUUAUAAUUAGUGGAAGUUCUACGGGAGAUAUCAAAUGGUUUGAUAAGAGAAACGCUACUCAUCCUAUCAAAUCAAUUAACACUGGAUUAGGGAUGACAGCCAUGACUUUUCAUUUAGAAGCCAAUGUGUUUGCUUGUGGAUUAGGAAACCAACCAGUGCCCAAUUCAUACCCUUCCAUCAAUUUAUAUACAUUUGAUGGAUUGCAGGGAAACACAAUUAGAUAUUAUGAUAGAUUUAUAUCUAAUAGAUUGUCACCAAUUUGUAGUCUGGCUUUUCAUCCGCUUAAAGCACGACUGGCCGUCGGGACGACAGAUAAUUUAAUAUCAAUCUAUAGGCCUUCCAAACGUUUUUGAGUUCAAAUCGCUUUUAAUUAAUUUUAUGUUUUAAAAAACUACAUCAAUUGCUACUAAAUUCAUAUUUUAAUAUCAAUCUCAUCAAUAGAUUUA